AUGGGUAAAGGAAAGCCACGUGGUUUGAACGCCGCCCGCAAGCUCCAGGCUCACCGCAAGGAUCAGCGCUGGGCUGACGACCACUUCAAGAAGCGUCUCCUCGGAACCGCCUUCAAGUCUUCUCCCUUCGGUGGUGCUUCCCACGCCAAGGGUAUCGUCCUUGAGAAGGUCGGUGUUGAGGCCAAGCAGCCCAACUCCGCUAUUCGCAAGUGUGUCAAGGUCCAGCUCAUCAAGAACGGAAAGAAGGUCGCUGCUUUCGUCCCCAAUGACGGUUGUCUGAACUUCAUCGACGAGAACGACGAGGUCCUCCUUGCCGGUUUCGGUCGUAAGGGUAAGGCCAAGGGUGAUAUUCCCGGUGUCCGUUUCAAGGUCGUCAAGGUCUCCGGUGUCGGUCUCGCCGCUCUCUGGCGCGAGAAGAAGGAGAAGCCCCGCUCUUAA